CACUUUUUAGUGCACUCGGAUAGGGUGGAAGCAGUGAUUUGAGAUCGAGCCUGAAGAGUAGAGCCUUUCGCUCUUACUCUUUAGUACAGAAGGCAGAAGGAGGAGCUGUCAAAAGUUUUAAGUUGGGAGAGGUUCCGUGAUUUGGGGCAAAAACUUCACACACUCAUACACACGUCCGCCAAAGAAGGUGGGUUAGAGAUAUGGAGUAACAUCAACUGCGUAUUAAAACAACAAUACGUUCAUACAAGGAAAGAAAUGGAGAUUUUGGUCAAGACCGGAUUCGUUUUUUCUUUGCUGAUCUCUUUGGGCUCGUGCGCGACGCCGGAAAAGAAAGUGUGUCAGGGGGCGAAUAACAGACUGACUCUGCUGAGCACUAUAGAAGAUCACUACCAGAACAUUGUGAAGAUGUACGGCAACUGCACCGUGAUCCUGGAGAACCUGGAAAUCACUUACACCGUGCAGACGCACGAUCUGUCCUUUCUGAAGACCAUUGAAGAAGUUGGAGGCCAUGUUCUCAUCGCUCUGAACCAAGUGCCGGUAAUCCCCCUGCACAACCUCCGCAUCAUCCGAGGAAACUCGCUGUAUGAUAAUGAAUUUGCACUGGCGGUCCUGUCAAAUUAUAACCAAACGACAGGCAAAGGAAUGAACCAGCUCCACCUCAAUAGCCUCACCGAAAUACUCCAUGGUGGUGUGAAGUUUGCCAACAACAAUUUCUUAUGUAACGCCGACACCAUCCAGUGGGCCGACAUUGUGGACCUGAAGAGCAAUCCUAAAAUAUUCGAACAUCGGAACGUUUUAAAAGAAUUUUGUAAGAAGUGUGACCAGAGCUGUUUCAAUAACUCUUGUUGGGCUCCUGGCCGUGAAAAUUGCCAGACUUUCACAAAGCUGACGUGUGCUGAGCAGUGCUCCAAGAGAUGUAAAGGCCCCAAUCCCAGCGACUGCUGCAAUGAGCACUGUGCAUCUGGCUGCACUGGCCCGAGACCUACAGACUGCCUGGCCUGCAGGGACUUCCAGGAUAACGGUACAUGUAAAGAUGCAUGCCCUCCUCUUAUGCGCUACAACCCCAACACACACCAUCUGGCUCCGAACCCGGACGGGAAGUACAACUUUGGGGCCACUUGUGUGGAAAAGUGUCCUCAUAACUAUGUGGUGACGGACCACGGAGCGUGUGUGCGCUCGUGCAGUCCUGGCACUUAUGAGGUAGACGAGGACGGGGUCAGGAAGUGUAAGAAGUGUGAGGGUCUGUGUCCUAAAGUGUGCUCUGGUCUUGGAGUGGGACAUCUAACACAGGUCAUGUCAGUCAACGCCUCCAACAUCGAUUCGUUCGAGAACUGCACGACUAUCAACGGUGACAUCUCCAUUCUGAAGACGACAUUCUUAGGGGAUAGCUUUACGAAAACUCCGCCGCUGGAUCCUGCCAGACUCAACAUCUUCAAAACUGUCAAAGAAAUCACAGGAACUCUGCUGAUUCAGUACUGGACAGAUGACUUGCCUUCUCUCAGCCCUUUUGAAAACCUGGAGGUGAUUCGUGGAAGAACCAAACACCAAGGAACGCUGAGUCUGGGUGUCAGCAAAACUUCCAUUAAGUACCUGGGUCUGCGUGCUCUGAGGGAGAUCAGCGACGGAGACGUAGCCCUCACGCACAACACCAAUCUGUGCUACAACAAUCUAGAGCACUGGAAACGUCUGUUUAAAUCCAGCAGCCAGGCGGUCCGGCCCUUACAGAACGCUGACGCUGCUGUCUGCGUGGAGCAGAAUCGGACCUGUGAUACGAUGUGUACUCCUGAGGGCUGCUGGGGUCCCGGGCCCACCAUGUGCUUCAGCUGCGCGAGCCGCAGCCGCAAGAAAAGCUGCGUGGCUUCCUGUAACCUCCUGGAGGGUGAGCCACGUGAAAGUGAGGUUAAUAGUACGUGUGUGGAGUGCGACCCCGAGUGCAGACCCCUGAACGGAUCUCUGACCUGCACCGGGCCUGGUCCUGACAUGUGUGUCGAUUGCUUUAACUACAAAGACGGGCCGCACUGCGUGUCUCGCUGUCCUCAGGGUGUCCCCGGCGAGAAGGACACGCUGGUGUGGAAAUACCCCGAUGACAUGCGCGUGUGCCAGAUCUGCCACCCCAACUGCACCCAAGGAUGCACUGGACCAAAACUUAAAGACUGCAAAGGCAUGAGUGACUCGAGCACGUCGAUCAUCGCCGCCAGCGUGGUGGGAGGACUUCUGGCUUUCGUCAUCCUCUGCUUGGUUGUGGCCGUGUUCAUCAGAAGACGUACGAUCAAGCGCAAGAGAACACUGCGGAGAUUACUCCAGGAGAGAGAGUUAGUGCAGCCGCUGACUCCCAGUGGAGAAGCUCCGAACCAGGCGCUGUUGCGUGUCCUCAAAGAGACCGAGUUUAAGAAGAUCAAAGUUCUCGGCUCCGGAGCUUUCGGCACCGUGUAUAAGGGUUUAUGGGUCCCGGAAGGAGAAGACGUGAAGAUUCCCGUCGCCAUCAAGGUUUUGCGAGAGGCCACGUUGCAGAAAGCUAACAAGGAGAUCCUGGAUGAGGCCUACGUGAUGGCGAGCGUGGAACACCCGCACGUGUGCCGCCUGCUGGGCAUCUGCCUGACCUCCAAUGUGCAGCUCGUGACCCAGCUCAUGCCCUACGGCUGCCUGCUCGACUACGUCAAGGCGAACAAGGACAACAUCGGUUCGCAGCACCUGCUGAACUGGUGUGUGCAGAUCGCCAAGGGGAUGAACUACUUGGAAGAGCGCCACCUGGUGCACAGGGAUUUGGCUGCUCGUAAUGUGUUGGUCAAAACACCUCAGCAUGUCAAGAUCACCGACUUCGGUUUGGCCAAACUCCUAAACGCCGAUGAGAAAGAGUACCACGCCGACGGUGGGAAGGUCCCGAUAAAAUGGAUGGCCCUGGAAUCCAUUCUUCAGCGGACCUACACGCAUCAAAGCGACGUAUGGAGUUAUGGUGUGACCGUCUGGGAGCUGAUGACGUUCGGGACGAAGCCUUACGACGGAAUCCCUGCUAAUAAGAUCGCUGGGGUCCUGGAGAAAGGAGAAAGACUCCCUCAACCGCCCAUCUGCACCAUUGAUGUGUACAUGAUCAUGGUGAAAUGUUGGAUGAUUGACGCAGAGAGCAGACCCAGGUUCAGGGAGCUCAUCAUCGAGUUUUCCAAGAUGGCACGAGAUCCAAAACGCUACCUGGUCAUCCAGGGCGAUGAGCGGAUGCACCUACCCGGUCCCACAGACUCCAGAUUCUACCGCAGUCUAAUGAGCGGGGUGGAUCUGGACGAGGCCGUAGACGCCGAUGAGUAUUUAUUGCCCAAACAUGGCUUCUUCAGCAGCCCCAGCACGUCUCGAACACACCUUCUGCACUCUGUGAGCUUGAACAGCAGCAUCGGGUCGUGCCAGAACAGGAAUGGGGCGGUCGGGCCGGUGCGUGAGAACAGUUUCAUGCCGCGUUACAUCCCUGACCCCACCGAACGCUUCCUGGAUGGAGAUUUCCAGCCUGCUCCAGAAUACAUAAACCAGAACGGGAACGGCAGCGUCUCGGACAUGAUUAACCCCAUCUAUCAGCACCCUGCUCGUGAAGCCCUGGACGAGACUGAGGAGGACUACUUAAACUGCUUCAAAAACCCACCAACUGUCACUUCUCCCAACCCUGCCCCUGAGUACCUAAACACCUCGCACACUCGGAUCUUUUCCCCCCUCACUGCCAGCCAGAAGCACCCGAAUGUCAAUGGCUGCAUCUCACAGAACAGCAUCGACAACCCUGACUACCAGCAGGACUUCUUUCCAGUGGGGACCAACACGAAUGGGCACCUCCCUGCAGCAGAGAACUCAGAGUACAUGGGAGUGGAGGUGCACUAGCACGCCUCCGAAGUGUGUGGACUUUAUAAAAGUGACUGGACUUAGGCAGGCUGUAAUGCAGUGCUUCGGUCGAGGCUGUGAACUGCAGUGAACUUGAGAGUUUUAAUGUUUUUUUUUUUUUUUUUAUAUAGAAUUUAAUGAGACCAAAAAACGUAGGUGAAGAAUGGCACACCUUUCCUGUACUAGAACCCAGUCACAAGUCCGCCUUCCUUCACGUCAUGGAAAUCGCGAUCUUUUCGUGUCUCGAAUGUGAAAAUGAUUUGGAAAAACGUCUCAUCCAGUUAAGCUCAUAAGCAUCUUGAGUUUAACACGUGUAGCUUUCAAACUGUUUUUGGUGGAUUUUAAGCAGCACACGUCUAUUCUGUGAUGAUAAAAACAAAAACAAAAAGAGAAAAUGCACCACCAUUUUGAUGCUGGAAGCACUGGUCGGUCUUAACAAGCCGGCAUGCGAUCGGUACGUUCACACGACCGAGAGAGGUUUUCUGUUCUCACGUUUAUUCAUAAAGUAUGUUAAUGGACAUCAUACAAUAGGAGCUGUGUACAGUCACACGUGUAUCCUUCUCUCCUGUACGUUAAUCGGUUCUCGUGUCGUCGUUGCGUUGUUGCACUUUUGAGAUUUUAUAUUGAAAUAUUGCCGUAAACUGUUCCAGCUUGCGAAUCGUUCGUUUUUAAGGGGUAGUGCUAAUGUAAAGAAGUGUCGAAGAGAAAUGUGGGAUACAGUGUACAGAUUUCUUCUUCAGUUGGGAUAAAAUUUUUGUCUUACUUUUUGUCUAAAAGAUACAAACAAAAGCAUUAUUGUUUAGAACACUCCCGGAAGUUUUCAUGUAUGCUCUUCUGACUAUAAUUAUUACUUUUAAAAAGUAAAUAAAGUGUGUGUUUUUUACA